UUCCUCCCUUAUAGACAUCCACUAACCCAGCAGAAGCAGGCUGCAAGUCUCAACUCCAAAGCAAGAACCUGACACGAACGGAACUCAACAUCACAAUGGGACCUUACAGGACUUUAACAUUACCGCUUCUCAGUUUUUUGGGAUGGACGCUGAUCUCUGCCUUCAACCUGGACAAAGAUAAUGUUAUCAAGAAAACGGGAGAUAAAAACAGCUUGUUCGGUUUUUCCCUGGCCAUGCACCGACAACUCCAACCAUCUGAUAAAAGAAUGUUGCUGGUUGGUGCCCCAAGAGCUAAAGCAUUGUCCAAUCAGAAGUCACAAAUUACGGGAGGCAUGUACAACUGUGACAUAACUUCUACCAGUCAGUCAUGCCAACGAGUAAUGUUUGACAAUGAAGAAAACCUGUCGGACGAAAAUAAGCAAAACCAGUGGAUGGGAGUUACUAUACAGAGCCAGGGACCUGGAGGAAAGAUAUUGGUCUGUGCGCAUCGCUACCAGCGGCGCUUAUUUGUGGGCGCACCUCAGGAGCUGCGUGACUUGACAGGUCGUUGCUAUGUACUAAGCCAGGAUCUGACGAUUAAUGAAGUCUCAGGUGAAGAUGGAGGAAACUGGAUGUUCUGUAAUGGGAGAAACAGAGGACAUGAGCGGUUUGGUUCAUGCCAGCAGGGUCUGUCUGCCACAUUCACAAAGGACUAUCACUAUAUGGUGUUUGGAGCACCGGGUGCUUACAACUGGAAAGGAGUGGUGCGGAUGGAACAGAACAACAACUCUCUGUGGGACCAAAAUAUUUUUGAUGACGGCCCAUUUGAGGUUGGAGAUGAAAACCGACUUGAUCCAGACUUGGUGCCAGUACCUGCUAACAGUUAUUUAGGUUUCUCUCUGGACUCUGGAAAAAUGCUGACCAAGAGAGGUCAGUUGACUAUAGUUGCUGGGGCUCCAAGAGCCAAUCACAGCGGGGCAGUUGUGCUUUUAAAGAAGGAAGAAGAUAAACCUUCCAUGUUGACGGCUGAGUACAUACUAGAGGGUACUGGACUUGCCUCUUCCUUUGGUUAUGACCUUGCAGUGCUUGACAUCAAUAAAGAUGGGUGGGAUGACAUUGUAGUCGGAGCACCUCAGUACUUUAUUAAAGACGGUGAUAUCGGUGGGGCCAUCUAUGUUUACCUAAAUGAGGAAGGGGCUUGGGACAAGAUCACCCCCAAGAGAAUUGAGGGAGCCGCCUAUUCCAUGUUCGGUUUGGCUGUGGAAAGCAUGGGAGAUGUGAACCUGGAUAAAUAUGGUGAUGUUGCUGUUGGUGCCCCAUAUGACAACAAUGGAGCUGGAAACGUAUAUAUCUUCCACGGUUCACCUAAAGGCCUAAACAGAGCCCAGGUUCUUGAAGGAAAAGAUCACAAUGUGAAACUCUUUGGAUACUCUCUUGCUGGGAAUAUGGAUUUGGACAGAAAUUCUUACCCUGAUCUGGCUAUUGGAUCUCUCUCUGAUUCAGUGUUUGUGUACAGGGCACGGUCAGUUAUCAGCAUUGAAAAGACUGUCACCACCACACCAAAGGAGCUAGACCUCACUCAGAAAAACUGUGGGAACACUAUAUGCCUUGAAGUGGAAGCCUGUUUCAAAUUUUCAGCCAACCCCAAAACCUACAAUCCUACCUUGAAGGUGGCAUACACUAUCAGGGUUGAAUCUGAAAGGAAGACACUUAAUCUUCCUUCUAGAGUCCUCUUCACCCCGGGCUCAAUCAAUGAGGAUGAAAGCAAAGGGAUCGUAGAGCUCAAGGGUCAGGGAACAAAAAACUGUGUUAAGAGAACCCUCAAACUGCAGGAAAAUAUAAAAGACAAACUGAGAGGUAUUCCCAUUGAAGUCUCUGUGGAGAUCCAGGGCCAAUCCUCACGCAGGAAAAGACAGACUGCACUCCCUAACCUGCUUCCCAUACUCGACUCCAACGAAGAAGCCAACACUGUCACCAAGGUUCAAUUCAUCAAGGAAGGAUGUGGUUCUGACCAUGUAUGUCAGAGUGACCUGCAACUAAAGUAUAAAUUCCACACCAGGGAUCCAGGGAACAGAGACAAAUUUAGUCCAUUACCUGAAGAAAAGGGAGUUCCGAUGCUUGCUUUUAGCGAUCAGAAGGACAUUGCCCUGGAGCUCAAUGUGACCAACCUGGGUGAAGAUGCUUAUGAAGCACAGCUGACUGCCUCGUUCCCCAAAUCCCUCUCUUAUUCUGCCGUUCGCACUAUAUCUAGUGGUAAACCGAUCAACUGUUUAGCCAAUACAAAUGGGUCACAAGCUGAUUGUGAACUUGGAAAUCCAUUCAAAAGAAAUGCUGAGACACGUUUUUACAUCAUUCUAAAUACGGGAGGAAUUUCUUUGGAUACCACUGAAAUUGAAAUUGACCUCAAUCUCAAAACGACAAGUGAACUGAACAAGACACAAGCAGUCAAAGCCAAAGUCAUUGUUAAGAUUCAACUGCUUUUGUCCCUCACAGGGGUAGCUAAGCCAUCUCAGGUCUACUUUACUGGAAAAGUUAAAGGAGAGAGUGCCAUGAAACUGGCAACUGAUGUUGGCAGUCCAAUUGACUAUGAAUUCAGGGUUACAAACUUGGGCAAACCCCUUAAGUCGUUCGGCACACUAUCUAUGAUUGUUCAAUGGCCUAAGCAUAACUCCCAAGGCAAGUGGCUGCUGUACCUCAUGAAGAUUACCUCAACUGGUUUAGACAGCUUCAGCUGCUCCAAUCCAGAAGAGGUCAACAAACUCGAUUUGAAGGAGCUUUCAGUGUCACGAACUAAACGUGAAAUUGUGGAAACUCCGGCAAAGGAGGGAACAGCCUCCCUUUUAACUGACAAGAGGAAAUACACAGUUUUGUCCUGUGAGGAUGGUGCGGAGUGUAUAAAAUUUAAAUGCCCUCUAAUAGGAAUGGACAGCAAUGCUGUCAUUAGCCUGAGAGCUUACCUUUGGAACUCUACCUUAUUGGAGGACUAUGAAAAAAUGAACUACAUUGAUAUUAUUGUCAAGGCAUCACUCGAUUUCAAGACCUCAGCUUCAAAUAUACGGCUGAAGAAUGAGCCAGCACAGGUGCGCGUUACUGUGUUUCCCGAACACAAAGUAGCACAGUAUGGUGGUAUGCCCUGGUGGGUCAUUCUGGUGGCCAUUUUACUAGGACUCCUCUUGUUGGGACUACUGGUCUUCCUGCUUUGGAAGUGUGGUUUUUUCGGCAAAAGCGGCAAAGACGGUAACGAACCUGAAAAAGAGAGGCUGACUUCAGAUGCGUAAAGAGAAACUGACAGAGAACGAGAACCUCUUUCUUAGGUGUGGAUUUUUCAAACGUUCCAAGUAUGAUGACAGCGUACCCAGUUAUAACGCUGUGCGGAUAAAGAGGGAAGAGAGGGACUAUAUGCCGGGGAAAGAGGAAAUGGAUCCUCCGGAGAAGAAACAAUGGAUGACUUCUUGGAAUGAGAAUGAGAGCUACUCAUAGCUAAAUGCUAAACUGAUUGAAACCAAAGACUCCCUUCCUAAGGCCUUUAAUGCUUACUUUUGCACACACUGAUAUUUUCUUGUUGUUAAUAUUCCAUCAAAACAUGAAAGGAAACAUUUGAGAUUUAAUUCUCGGGAUAGGGAUUUUUAAAGAUUGUAUUACAAAAUAGUGUCUGGAAGACUAUAGUGAACAAGGAUAGAAAAAAAUAGGUUUUGUUUUAUAUUGAAAUUUGCUUUCGUGUUCUACCCCAUUUCAAUAUCAUAUUUUAAAUUCACUUCAACAAUGUAUAUACAUUUUAUGUAUUUAUUCUCAACAGAUGUUUCUGUUGUACAAAGGCCAAAGAUUUUUGUUUUAUGAAUGGCUUGUGUGGGCCAGAACUUUUUGAUAUCCAGCUGCCUGGAUGAAUGUAAAUAUUUGUGUCUUUGGAAUGUUUUUUUUUUUUCUAUUUGUUGCUUAAUUGUUAAAACCAGUCAGGUACAUAUUUCAUUUUCAUAGGCAGGUUUUCACUGUACUUCAACUACUACAACUGGGACAGAUUUUAUUAGGAACUACUUUGUUAUAAUCAGAUGUUUGAUAUAAUAUCAGUUGACUGCUACAAUCCAUUAUCAGAUCAGCUUUUAAAGGAUUUUUUUACCUUUUGAAGGUCAUUUAAAAUUAUCUUUGUAUAAAUGUGAAGUUGCUUUUAUUUUUAAAAUCAGCAUCUGUUGGCAAAGCAAAUGCUCAAAUAAUGGAAAGUAUUAAUUCUGUUUUUUUGCAAAGUGACGUUGAAUUGGACAGUUGUAUUGUUUAAAUUUUAGCCACUUAAAAAUGUAUUAGCUCACACAAAAUUGACACUGAAGUAAUGAAAUUGAUUAUUAGAGAUUAGUUUUCAUUUUCCAAAUAAACAUUUUUGCUGGUCUUAAAAUUGACAUAAGAGGUGCAAAUUUUUGAGUUAAACUUGGCAAAAACAGUACAGUGUUUUAAGGGUUUUGUCAGCUGUGAAUCUGGAUAGAUGGUGUUGCGGAAAACUGACAGGUAAAGAAGCUGUGAAGUUUGACAACAUGUAGUCACUGAUGAAAUAUGAACAAAAAAAGCAGAUACCUGAACAGAAGGUGCACUCUUUUAGAAGAAAAGGUACAAAAGUUAUCAUUGGUACCUUUUCAAAAGAUACUAAUAUGCACCUUAAUGGUACUAAAAUGCAGCCUUUAGGGGUAAGGUACAAAGGUCACCAGUGACAGCUUUUGUACUCUUUUGCUCAAAGUAUUUAGACAAAUCAAGGUUGAACUACACAACAUAAUGGCUCUGAUACUUAGGUUGGAGUGAUGAGCACAGAUGGGCAUAGUGUUGUGAAACGGGCGUUAACUUGUGUGCUGGACAGGGACAGAAACUACAAUCUUUCUACAUUCUUGGAAUAAGCAAGGAUUAAGUUCCUAGCUCUUAAUGUAAAACUCUUAAUGUUGUUACCGAAAAGUACAUUUACUUGUUACAUGUGUUUCUUUUAAGUAAUAAUAAAAAAAUGCAUCUUC